AUGCAGCACCCAAACUUCGAGACCCGCCACCCACUCCAGGCAGACGAGCAGCAAGAAACUGGAUUCGACCCGCUAAACAAUAUCAUCAAGAACCGAAGCAGAGGCUCUCUCGACAGCAGCACUCACUCACAGUCAACCUUCCUCUCUUACAGGAAAGAAUGGGACGACUUGUUCCUCAACAGUAAUUACCUGGCCAAGAUCCGGCAGGCGGGCAUCAGCGGUCGACUGAGGAGCAGCCGCUUUCGGAGUGUGUGUUGGAAGUUGUAUCUAGAGGCUCUCCCAGAAGACAAAAGUCAGUGGAUCAACAAAACUAAGGAGCUUCGGGGCCAGUAUGAGAAGAUUAAAGAAACGCAUAUUACUAACCCUCGCAAGGCUGCAGGCCAACAGGACUUGGUGGUCAACAAUCCGCUGUCCCAGGACGAGGGGAGCUUAUGGAACAAGUUCUUCCAGGAUAAAGAAUUGAAGGGGAUGAUCAAACAAGACGUACUGAGAACGUUUCCUGAGAUCCGUUACUUCCAGGACGACGAUGUGCGGACCAAACUGACGGACAUUCUUUUUUGCUACGCUCGAGAAAACGAACAGUUGCUUUAUAAACAGGGGAUGCACGAAUUGCUGGCGCCCAUAGUCUUCGUGCUUCACUGCGACCAUCAAGCCUUCCAACAUGCCAGCGAGACGGCGAAUCCGAGUGAGGAGAUGAAAUGCCUGUUGAAUCCGCUGUACCUUGAACAUGAUGCCUAUGCACUCUUCUCUCUGCUGAUGGAAACAGCAGAACCGUGGUUCUCCUGCUACGAGAGGGAAGUCAGGCGGGGUAAAGAAGAAAUGCUCACCAGCAUCCCCUUUGCUCGGCCUCAGGACGCGGGGCCGUCUGUUGCCAUAGUUACCAAAGUCAACCGCAUUCAAGAUCAGCUAGUUAAGAAGCAUGACGUGGAGCUUCACAUGCAUCUCAACCGUCUGGAAAUCGCUCCUCAAAUCUACGGAAUCCGCUGGGUGCGUUUGCUAUUUGGUCGUGAAUUCCCACUUCAGGACCUUCUAGUGGUUUGGGACGCCCUCUUUGCUGACAGCAUCACACUGGACCUGGUGGAUUACGUCUUUGUGGCCAUGUUGCUUUAUAUUCGAGACGCUUUGAUCGCCAGCAACUUCCAAACAUGCCUCGGCCUCCUAAUGCACUACCCCCCACUCGGAGACAUCAACUCUCUCCUACAGAAAGCUCUAUUUCUCCGAGAUCCCAGAAACCAUCCUCGACCUGUUAACUACCAGUUUCAGCAGAAUUUGGAUUACUACAAAACCAGAGGAGCAGACCUGAUGAAUAAAACACGCUCCAACACAAAAGCCGCCCCCCUCAACAUCAACAAAGUGUCUACCAGCUUGCUAAACUUUGGGAGGAAGCUCAUCUCUCCGGCCAUGUCGUCAGGCACUACCACAGUAUCGCCCAUCAACAGCGAGGUGCACUCCACCUCCUCCUCUUCGUCACCUACUUCCACCUCAGCGCCCCCUUUACCACAUCCCCUCGCCGAACCUCCGACUGUCCCGGGACCACCGCAGACCCACUCGCAUUACCGUCUUUUGAAAUCCGAGAGCAUGCCUGUCCAUCUCAGUAAAGAUGUGAUUUCAGGUGGAGCAUCUCAUCUGCCAACACAGAGUGACACGCAAGGCCAAAUCACCAGGAGGCUAAGUUCCUCUCCCAGCAUUGAGAACUUCUCCGCUGGUCAUUCCUCCGCCUCGCCGCCUCUGCCGCUCUCCAGGGGAGGCAGCGAUUUGAGCGCCUCGCCGCCUCCCUUCUCCUCUGCCAAGAAAGAGUCGUUUUUCCACAUCACCCGCUCGCGUUCUCACAGCAAAACCAUGUCCAGGAAGGAAACGGAAGAAGAUUUGGAGGCCCAAGUGUCAUUCUUGCAGGGACAGAUCAACGACCUGGAGGCUAUGAGCAAAUAUUGUGCUAAGAUGAUGAACAGCCACAUUUGUAAAAUUCAGGAAGUGAUUUUACAGGAACACUUAGAGAAAGAAGAUGAAGUGCUUGUUUCAUUAGCGGGGCUCAAACAGAUUAAAGAUAUCCUCAAGGGGGCGCUGCGCUUCAACCAGAGCCAGUUGGAGGCCGGAGAAAACGAGGAGAUCAACAUUGCCGACAACCAUUACACCUCAGCGGUCGAACCCGCUUCCAGCGGGCGCCGUGACAACGGCCAGGCGCGAGACGGCAGAAGAAGGCGAGGCCCCGACGGAGACGGAAGCAAUAUGGCGGACGAGGAGGAGGAGGAGGAGCCAACGAUGACACCGCAAGAGGUACUGUUUUCUGCCCUACAGGUGCAGCCCGAACCUAAGAACUGGGAGGACUACAUCCUGGUGACCCAGGACUGCGACCUGCAGGGAUCAAGCGCAGGAAGGCGAGGCCGCGGUCCGGUGCGCAUGGAGCCCGAGGGAGCGGCGGGGACCUUCGCCGACCCCCUGAUGACGGCCGUUGCGUCAGGUUCGUCCAGCCCAGACGAAGGCUCCACCAACAGCAAGGACUCUGACUUCACCAUUGUCAACCCCAGUGAUUUUUGA